AGAACACAUAAUUUAAUCAAAAUAAUAGGCAGAAAAAGAGCCUUCUAGUUUGAUAUUAGUGUCCGCUGUAAAAACUUCAGGUGAUGGACUUAAAUGUAUUCUUAUUUCAUGACAGGAGGAACUGUAAUUGCAACGCAAUUGUUGACUAUUACAUUCUCUUUCUUGUUACUUGUAGGUCCCUAUACAGCACCUGAGAUUUAUAAAGAUGAAAUAUUUGAUAGAAGUGUGGAUGUAUAUGCUUUUGGAGUAUUACUUUAUGAGAUGAUGGAGGGAACACCACCUUUUCAUCCCAAAUCACCUGAAGAGGCUGCUAGAUUGAUGUGCAAAGAGGGUAAAAGACCAUCAUUCAAGUCAAAAUCUAAGUAUCCGCCGGACCUUAAAGAGUUGAUUGAAGAAUGUUGGCAUCUAGAUUCUUUUGUUCGGCCGACAUUUUCAGAGAUAAUUGUGCGCAUGGAUAAAAUUGUUGCAAACUGCUCGAAACAUGGAUGGUUGAAAGAUACUUUAAAGCUUCCCUG